ACCAGCCCAUCCCUGACCUGAGCUCUGUGAGCUGAUUCCACCAGUGACUGAGCACAGACCAGCACCAUGGAGCUGGGGCUGCGCUGGGUUCUCCUUGUUGCUCUGUUGAAAGGUGUGCAGUGUGAAGUGCAGCUGGUGGAGUCUGGGGGAGGCUUGGUGCAGCCUGGGGGGUCCCUGAGACUCACCUGUGCAGCCUCCGGUUUCUCCAUCAGUGGAUAUUGGAUGAACUGGCUUCGCCAGGCUCCAGGGAAGGGGCUGGAGUGGGUUUCUUCCAUCUAUGAUAGUAGUAGGAUACACUACGCAGACUCCGUGAAGGGCCGCUUCACCAUCUCCAGAGACAACAGCAAGAACACACUUUACCUGCAGAUGAACAGCCUGAGAGUGGAGGACUCGGCCGUCUAUUACUGUGCUAGAGACACAGUGCAGGAAAUCCAGUGUGGGCCAGACACAAACCUCCCUGCAGGGCGCUCAGCACCAGCAGGGGGCGCUGGGCACAGCUUGGAGCCAGGGGACAUGGAAGUGGACACGAGGAGUCUGGGUUGGACUACACAGACAACAGGCCAUGUGCAUGACUCAGGGAAAAUGCUGGAGGGGACUGGACACAUCUAUAAACGUGGGAGCACCGUGUAUAGCCCGAGCCUCCAGAGCAGAGUCACCAUGACAGUGCACACCUCCAAGGACCAGUGCUCCCUGCAGCUGAGCUCCGUGACCACGGAGCACAAGGCCUUGCACUACUGUGUAGGACACACUGAGGAGACCGGGUGUGAGCCCUGA